GAAAACAACCAACAAGGAGCCGCAAAAAAAAAACAAAAACAAACAAAAAAAAAAACAUAUCCGAUAUUUAAACCUUUUCACUGCAGUAAUAACGAAAGUAAAUAACAGGACAAGGAAGCCUCUGGAGAUCCUACAAUAAACUAUCAUGAAAAGGCAAAAUUUAAACCAAAGAGGGGAAAAGGAAGAUGGUUUUGCAAAGCAGCCCAGAAGACUUUCAUCUGAAGUUGCAGUUAAGAUGGCAGAAAGACCAGGCUCUCCUUCUCCCAGCUGUCUAUCACUGAAGAGCGAUGCAUCCAUGGAUUGUGCCUAUGUUUUCAGCCAAGGAGAAACGAGCAGGGGAAAACGAGUUGAGACGGUGAGUCCAAACUCAUCAUCACCUAGUUAUAUCGCUAUGAAAAGUGACAAUUCAGUGGAGUUCAACCAAGAUGAAAAGGCACAAAGACCAGCUUCUCCUGCUCCCAGCUGUCUAUCAAUGAAGAGCAAUGCAUCCAUGGAUUGUGCCUAUGUCUUCAGCCAAGGAGACAAGAGCAGUAGAAAACGGAUUGAGAUUGAGAGACCCGGCUCGUCGUCAGCUAACUACGUCUCGGGGGAGAGUGGCAGAACAGUUGAAAUCAACUGGGAUGAAAAAGUAGAAAGGCAAGACUUGCCUGGUCCUAGCUGUGUGUCAAUGAAGAGCAAUGCAUCCAUGGAUUGCGCAUAUGUCUUCAGCCGAAAGAGACAGAUCAGCAAAAAACGCGUUGAGAUAAAGAGACUAGUCUCACCGUCUCCUACCCAUGUCUUUGAGGAUCGUACCCUAAGAGAGGAAAUCAACCAGGAUGAAAAAAUGAGUGGGGAAAAGUUUAAAGGUUUGCAUCCAUCACCAACAACAAAAGAGAUGUACACAACAUCGACAAGGUGCCGAGUGGAAAGCCUCUGUCUGCAGCACUGUGCUCCUCUUAAUGUUUUCUGCAAGACAGAUCAAACACUGAUCUGUGAACAGUGUGCUACUCUGGAACACCAAGACCACAAUAAAUGCUACACAACAGGUGCUAAGUUCUCCCAAGAGCUGGACACAAUGUCUUUACUUAAACAAACACUCAACAAAGUGGACAAAAACAAGUUUAUGAGUUAUCUAUGCCAGAAUUACCCAGAAUGCUUCGAGACUCCUCGGGUAAUUUGUGAUAUCCAUGAAGUAUCUAAAGUUAUUCUGGAGAGAUUUGGCUCUGAGGUGGCGCUGAAGAUAGCAAUAAAGAUCUUGUUAGAGAACGAGAGAAAUCUUAAGACCAUUCAGGAUCAUCUAAAAUAUAAACUUCAGCGUCAUCUUAAAUCUAAAUUUGAGUGCAUAAACGAAGGAAAUGCUCAGCAAGGGAAUCCGAUCCUUCUAAACGACAUCUACACUGAGCUACUCAUUACAGAAGGAGGAGAUGAAGGUAUUAAUAAAGAACAUGAGGUCAGAUUGAUUGAAGAAGCAUGCAAGAACAGAGACACGCAGGAGACCGUGAUACAAUGCAACGACAUCUUUAAACCUUUACAUGGACAGAAAAAACGCAUCCGCACUGUGUUAACAAAGGGCAUUGCUGGGAUCGGGAAAACAGUUUCUGUGCACAAAUUCAUCUUGGACUGGACAGAAGGAAAAGAGAAUCAGGAUAUUCACUUCAUUUUCCCGCUUCCUUUCCGUGAUCUGAAUUUAAAGAGAGAGAACAAAUAUAGUGUGAUUCAACUUCUUUCUCAGUAUUUUCCGGAACUUAAAGAAUUUAAAUCUGUUAGUUCUGAAGAACUAAAAACUCUGUUCAUCUUUGACGGACUGGACGAGUGCCGACUUCCUCUUGAUUUCAUGAACAACGAAAUGUGCUGUGACGUAACAAAAGAAAUCUCUGUGGAUGUGAUGCUAACAAACCUCAUCCGAGGAAAUCUCCUUCCCUCCGCACUUCUGUGGAUAACCUCCCGGCCAGCAGCAGCCUGUCAGGUCCCUCCUGAGUGUGUUGACCGGGUUACAGAGGUUCGAGGAUUUAACGACUCAGAGAAAGUGAGAUACUUCAGGAAGAGGUUCGGUGACACGAGUCUUGCUGACAAAAUCGUUGCACACGUUAAGUCUUCAAGGAGCCUCCACAUCAUGUGCCAUACACCAGUCUUCUGCUGGAUAUCAGCUACGGUUCUGGAAAAAAUGUUGGGUAAAGCAGACAUGGAAGUGCCUAAAACUCUAACUCAGAUGUACACUCACUUCCUCAUGAUUCAGACACAUUUAAAGAACAAGAAGUACCAUGGAGUGAUCAAGGAAGACAUGGACCUGACAGAAUUGGACAAGGAGAUGAUUCUUAGACUGGCUAAGCUAGCGUUUCUGCAGUUGGAGAAAAGAAAUCUGAUUUUCUAUCAAGAAGAUCUAGUUGAAUGUGGCAUUAAUGUUGCCGAAGCAUCUGAGUACUCUGCAAUUUGCACAGAAAUCUUUAAAGAAGAGUUCGGAUUGUACCGAGAGAAGGUCUUCUGCUUCGUCCACCUGAGUAUUCAGGAGCAUCUAGCUGCGAUGUAUGUGCUGGUCGAAUUUGUAAACAACAGUACGAACAUCCUCAGAAAAGAUGCAGAGAAUCAGAGAACGACAAAGAUAUCAGAUUUACACAAGAGUGCUAUAGACAGAGCGAUGCAGAGUGAGAACGGACACUUUGACCUUUUCCUGAGAUUUCUUCUCGGUCUCUCAACGGACUCUAAUCAGGUUCUUUUGAAAGCGCUGCUGCCAAAAAGUAGCUCUGAGAGCUUGGAAGAAACAGCUGAGUACAUUAAAGAGAGGAUCAGAGAAGAGUCAUCAGCAGAAAGAACAAUCAACUUAUUUCACUGUCUGAAUGAACUGAAUUACAACUCAUUGGUGGAAGAAAUUCGUAGUUUCUUGAGCUCAGGCAGGCAUUCAGAGACUGAGCUUAAACCUGACCAGUGCUCAGCUCUAGCCUACGUGCUGCUAACAUCUGAAGACGUGAUUAAUGAAUUCGAUGUAAAAAUGUGCAAUACAUCUCUUGAGGGAUAUCAGAGACUGUUGCCGGUCGUCAGGAUCUCAAGAAAAGCAAUUCUUGCUGGUAUCAACCUCACAGAUGAAUCCUGUGAGACUCUGGCUUCAAUCCUCCAAUCAGCUAACUCACAUCUGAGAGAACUGGACCUCAGUUUCAAUAAUCUAGGAGAUUUAGGAGUCAAAUUUCUCUGUAACGGCCUUUCAGAUCCACACAACAAACUUGAAAAGCUAAAUCUCAGCUACAACAACCUUGAACAUGCAGGAGUGAAGCUGCUAUGUGAUUGUCUGAUGAGUCCAAACUGCAAACUGCAAGCACUUGGACUGGCUGGCACCAACUUCUCAGAACAGUCUUGUGAAUUAAUGGCCUCGUAUUUUCAGUCUGCUAACUCACACCUCAAAGAGCUGGAUCUUGGCUGCAAUAACAUGAGAGACUCUGGAGUAAAGCUUCUGACUGCUGGACUGAUUAGUUUACGGUGUCAUCUUGAGAAACUCGGGUUGGACAGAUGUGAUCUCACACACAAUUCGUGUAAAGCAUUAAAAGCUGUUUUGCAGUCAUCCAACUCGUACCUUAGAGAGCUAAAUCUCAGCUACAAUAAAUUGGGAGUCUCAGGAAUCCAGCAGCUCUGUGAGGGAUUAAUGCAUCCGGAUUGCAAACUGGAAGGACUAAAUCUCGGACUUGUUGAUGUCGGUAUUUCAAUGGACGCAAGUGAAACAUUGGCUUUGGCUUUAAAGUCAGCAAAUCUGAGAGAGCUUGAUCUAAGCAACAAUUGCAUAGGAGAUUCAGGAGUAAAACUGAUCUGUGAUGGACUUAUCAGUCCAAAGAGCAAACUAGAAAAACUGAGUCUCCGCUGGUGUAAUCUCACAGACAGGUCUUGUGCGAAUCUGGCUACAGUCCUGACUACGUCGACUUGCUUGACAGAUUUGGAGCUAAGAGACAAUGACCUGCAUGAUUCAGGUGUGAAGCAGCUUUGCACUGGUCUGAAGCAUCCACACUGCACACUGCAGAGACUGGGUCUAUCAGGGUGUUGUGUUACAGACGAAGGUGGUUCUGUCCUAGCCUCAGCUUUAAGCUCAGAUCAGUCACAGCUAAAAGAGCUGGACCUCAGCUACAAUCACUUAGCAGAGGCAGGACUGAGACAGCUCUCUGCUAUUUGUGAUGAUCCACUCUGCAAUCUUGAAAAUCUUUGUUUAGACCAUUGUGAGGCUUGCAGAAUCAAACCAGGACUAAAUAAAUAUGCCUGUGAGAUCACCCUGGACCCAAACACCGCACACAGAACCCUGUCACUGACAGGAAACAAAAUAGUCACAAAAGCAAAAGGCGAGCAGUCACACCCAGACCAUCCAGAUCGGUUUGAAUACUGUUGCCAGGUUUUGUGCAAAGAAACCCUGAUUGGUGCUCGCUGCUACUGGGAAGUUGAGUGGACUGGAGAUGUAGUUUACAUAGGAGUCACUUACAAAGGGAUCAACAGAAAAGGUCGUGGUAUAGACUGCAAACUGGCAAUGAAUAACAAAUCUUGGAUUCUGUUCUGUUCCAACGACUACGGCUAUUAUGUUAGUUAUAACAGCAAGGAGACCGUCUUACCUUCUCCACCUAAUCCGUCCAAACGAAUGGGAAUCUAUCUAGACUGGAAUGCUGGCACACUCUCUUAUUUUAUUAUCUCAGCUAGAAGUCUAUAUCACAUGUAUACAUUUCAAACAACAUUCACUGAACCGCUUUAUCCAGCCAUCAGUAUUUAUAACUACAAUGACACGAUCACAUUGGGUGAGAUAGUAUAAAACAAGAGCAUGCAAGUCUGCACAAUAACUGAUCAUUACUGAACAUGUGCUUUGAAUUUAGUCUUGUUUAAGGGAAGAGAUUCUUAGUCAGCCAUCAGAGUGUUAUCUCACUAGGCAAAUAAUGCCAAUAAAUAACUUCUAAAGAGUCACUAAAACUUGACUAUGCUUGACAUACUGGCUUAGAAACCGAUAUAGUGACUGACACAAAGUUCUCAGAAAUUCAAUUACAUCUGUAGCUUAAAUGUAGCUGAAAUUAUCUCAAACAUUAUUAAAGAUUAUCAAAUAAAUGUGACCACAUACUCCAUGUAGCAUUGUAAAGCAUAUUAAAGUCCAGAUUUGUGUUGU